AUGCUGGACUGGGAGCCAGACGAAGAAAAGGGCGUAGAGGAGGCGCGUAGUGAACCUCACCAUUCGGAAGCCCCGUCAAAUUUCCGCAUGUUUCAAGGGGUGGAUACAGACUAUCUACGCUCUCUAGAGGAGGCAGUUGUCAGCCUGAAGCUUCAACUCAUCAUGGCCAAGGCAAGGGCUGUGCGACCCGAGCGAAAAGUAGAGGUAAUCACCCAAGAGGCGGAUGAAUUGGCCGAACUUCUAGUGCGUCACCUCGACGAUUGA